AUGCACAGUGCCCGUGUGGGCGAGACUAUAUGCUCAUCGACUCGUGCUGUCAGGGACGCAUCGUUCUGUAUCGACAAAUGGCACGAAUUACCAGUGAGUCGCCUGCUACAGAUUGAGAGAUAUCGUGGAUUCGAAUAUCCCCACAAUCGCGAUCAUGGCGGAUGCAGCUUUCAACUACGUGCUCGAGCACAGCUGAAUGUCUCGAGUGACACGCUAUACGUUUCAUCGUUCCGUCGAUCCUUCACGGUGCAUGCUUCACAACAAGCCUCUCAAUCCAGACCUAUCAGACCAGGCCCUCCUUCGCUCGGUAUCAGAAGACCAAGGCCAACUGCGCAGCAGGACGAGGACUCUGGUUUUACAAUACUGUCGUAUUCCGAAGACCGUAACAGGAGAAUAGUUGAAGAACGUCAGGCCAGAGAAGCCGAGAUCAAAGGGCAAGAACUUUCUCGUGCAAUAUCUCUGCUCCAGGUGCAACUCGACACAUGGUCCUCUGGUCGUCUGGAUCGAAGUGUUAUCGCUCAAGCUCUUGCAGAGCAGCGCAGGAAGGGUCAGAAGCAGUAUGAUGAGAAAUUCGAGCUAUGUCGCAGCAUAUGGAUACUCGCUGUAAACCACUUGAAAGAUCUAGAAGCGCAUAUGCAAUACUCACAGGCCUGGAUCUUGUAUUGCAAGCAUCGCUUCGCUCUUCUCGAUCGCAGCUACAGCACUUUCACCACGACACUCAGUCAGCUUAACCUCCAAGUGAAUAGACUUCGCUACGCUGUGGAAUGGUGGCGUUGGAAAGUUGAUGAGCUUGAUGUCCGAGCACAGAUUACAGCCGACUUCGUGACACAGCUCAAAGCAAUUGAGAUUCCGCAAGCUCCACUCGCUCACAGUCCGCAAGCUUCACUCACUUACAGUUUACAUGACAUCCUAGACACCAACGUGCACAUUUCCAAUCUACUGGAAGAUGGACUCUUGCUGCGGCUUGAAGAGGCUUACUACAAUACCAGAGAUCCUCCUCCAGUGUCAAAAGCAGCCGUUAGCUUGAGAGAGAAUCGCCGAAAUUUUCUCCCUGAUAUAAGUGCUAUUGGAAUGAAGGGUCACGUCUUCAGAUGGUGUAAUCGUCUCUCUCAGACUGACAUGCGCCUCCCAGGUUCUGUCGAUCCAGAGUUAGUUGUUCUUUCUGUCUCUCUUGCUUCCUACGGCUGGCUGCAUGCCUACGACCAGAUGCAAUUUGAAAUUCAGACGUGUUUGGGCUUGCUAAAAAAGAAUCCAGCCCGGUAUAAGAAGUGGGAGGUCGCUCAACGAUCAUUCCGUGGGCGUGAUUUGUUCUUCGGCCUGCAAGAAGAGCUUCAGGUCUUUCUUGCUAAAGGCACGGUGUUGUGCCGUGGCGAAAUCAUGUCUCGAAAUCAACUCGACUGGUGCACCUAUUUGCCUAAGUACUAUGCCUGUUUUAGGCCCUUCGAAGAAUACGCCACCAUCAUGAGUCAAACAGUGCAGGCUUUGCGAUCGUGGAAGAAGCCAGGUCGUGAGGAAUGCUCCAGGUACGACAGCGCUAUAGCAAAGCUUCGGCUACAUCAGCGAGAUUUUCUAUCCGCCUUGGAUAGAUUGACCGUUUCUAUGAACACACGUCUCCAGGUUCGUGACGAUGUCUACAUACCAAAAACUUGGCUCCGAAAGCGAAACUUCGAGGCUUCCCUUCAAAUUGCACAGUCCAGAGCCAUAUCGUCGUUGACCAGCAGAAGUGACCUGUACAGAGACGUUCACUUGAGCUCGAAUGCCAUUAUAGAUCCUCUCAAACUCCUGGAAGACUGCUCACUAUACCCGAGAACGAAGACUAUUGAAGCUGAGUAUGUUUUUAGUGAACAGAGAGCGCUCACUCUACUGGCGGAUUUAGCCCGAACAAAAGUUAUUGGAGUGGAAAUAGUUGCAGUCCCCCACUGGACAUACAAAUCUUCCUCCCUCAAAGCCACGGUCGACAGGACGUUCAUGCACUGGCUCUUCGCAACACCCGACCGCGUCUUUAUAGUUGAAAAGUUUGUCUUAGGUCCAUCAAGGGUUCCGUUUCUUGCUCUGAAGUCGUUGAUGGAGACCCGAGACAUCCUUAAGAUUUUCCACGGAUGGAAAACCUGGGAGUCUUUGUUACCUCGAAACAACAUCUUCGCACAAGGCAUCGUUGAUGUCGAACCCAGCUCAGCCGUGAAGGAUGCUUACUUUGAGAAGCCUGACCGACGAGGCUGGUGCCUACUGACUGACAAAACUUUCCUUCGAGAGGCUGAAAAGGAAGGAAUUCGUGCCGCAAUAUGCAAUCUUGCGUUGCAACCCACCUAUAAUUUGAUCACCUUCUUCAAUGCUGUUGCAAGCAGACCUGAGUUGUUGGCGCAGCUGUCAUCAGAAGACCGUUCUUCGAUCCUGGCUACAUGUGAUACCAUGAAGCACAAUUUAGGCCGCUCAUCCGAGCCACCGACUUUCGGCCCACUACGCUGGGAUUCAGAUGCGUCUGUCGAAAGCGAGGAAUAUCUUGCUUCCUUCACUAGGAAUGUACAUGGUUCGGGAAAGCUCCGCAAGGUUACCCUGCUGGACUUCGUUCAAGGCAUGGUCAUCUACGAAACCCGACGUCGGUCUAUUUCGAGCAAGACUCAAGCCCACCUCGUUGCUUACUACCUCUUCACCUCUUUCGGGCAGCAGUUACCUGUCGUGUCAAAUUUGACAGGUAUCGUUGAUGUAGCAGAGAAAAUACUGGAGGUUGUCAGCAAAUUGAGUUUACGACUCAAUGCCGAGCACCGUACAGAACUCGAGCGAAUCACUGGGCCUUGUCUCCUUACCUCACAUAGAGUGUCUGGAGAUGAGUCAAACUCAACGAAACCUAGGCGGCGCCGGACGGUCGAAAAGGAAAUCCUUGAGGAAGCAAUAACAUCACUUACACAGACCACAAGACCCGAUACUUGCCUGCCCGUUCGACCUCCUCUACUGAGCUUCAUUGAGCAACAAUCCACAGGACAACCUUCGCACAGCGAAACCAACUGGCAUGGACUUCCCUCCGUUAGUGUUGAACCACCAGCGACCAGUAACGCAGCAUACACCCCAUUCGAAGUCCAAGCUCCUUCAAGAUCGCUCAAACGAAAGACUGGUACUAGUGCGGCCAAGAUUAAAGGCCGAAUUCAAGGUCCAGGUGUAGAAAGCUCUACGCCGCGUCGGAAACAAGCUGUGUCCACGAGCAUCAAGUCAGGGAAGCAGGUCUCGCGCCGGGUCAGGAAGGUGGACGGUAUCUUUUCUGCUGAAAACGCAAGACUCCUGAACUUGAGACUGCGAGAACAACCACGCCGUUUGACGAUGGAAGACAUGGCACCACCAGAUAGCAAACCUGCUCCGACCACUGGCUCAAGAAUGCGCGACUUCGUAUCGAGCUUCUUUGUCUCCAAAAAGCCAGAGAAAGAUGAUUGA